AUGCUGGAUGGCCCGUUAUUCUCCGAGGGGCCCAACAGCCCCCGGGAGCUACAGGAUGAGGAGUUGGGCAGCUGCCUUUGGGUGCAGAAGUCCAAGCUGUUGGUGAUUGAAGUGAAGACUAUUUCCUGUCAUUAUAGUCGUCGCGCCCCUUCUCGACAGUCCAUGGACAUCCAGGCCAGCUACUGGGCCCGUGGGCCCCAGAGCCGCACGUGUAGGCUACGCCCAGGAUCCCCUGAGCCGCCACCCCGCCGACCCUGGGCCACCAGGGUGCUGCAGGAGGCGACCAACUGGCGGGCGGGGACCCUCGCCGAGGUCCGAGCCCGGGAACAAGAGAAAAGGAAGGCGGCGUCGCAGGAGCGGGAGGCCAAGGAGACCGAGAGAAAAAGGCGCAAGGCUGGCGGGGCCCGACGGAGUCCCCUAGGUCAGCCCCGCCCAGAGACCCGGAACGCCCUUCGGGCGGCCCAACCAACAGGGUUCCCAGUUUUCUCCAGACCAGAGCGCUUCGGGCAGGUGGGGCGAGCGCCCCGUCCAUCCGCGCUCCAGCAGAGUGACCCAGGGGUGGCAUGGGUGGGGCCAUGGGGAGGUAGGAGACCAGGGCCCCCUAGCUACGAGGCCCACCUGCUGCUGAGAGGCGCUGCAGGCACAGCCCCAAGACGCCGCUGGGACCGGCCGCCACCCUAUGUGGCUCCACCUUCUUAUGAAGGCCCCCACAGAACCCUGGGGACUAAGCGAGGCCCGGAGCUCUCCCGGGCGCCCACCUCAUCAGCCCCAGUUCCAGUCGCCACCAGGACAGAGGCAGGGCGCGCGAAGAAGAGGCUGGAUCCUCGAAUCUACCGGGAUGUUCUAGGGGCUUGGGGUCUCAGACAGGGACGGGGACUCUUAGGAGGAGCUCCGGGCUGUGCAGCGGCCAGAGCCAGGCCAGAGUCCUGCAAAGGGGCGAUAGAGAAAAGCUCGGGCCUAGCUGCUGCUGGCCUGAACAGUGGUGGCGAGGGCCGUCCCCAAGCCAAAGCUACUGGCAGUCCAGGCACCACGGAGGCAGCUCCCGCUGGGUCUACGACCCGCAGCCCCCCAUGUCCUGCUCCCAGGUCCAGGCAGCACCUUAAGGGCUCAAGGGAAAGGAAAGAAGGAAGUGAACAUAUUUGGCUUCCCAGGUGUUGGCUUUCCUCCCCUACAAAGCCUCCAGUUAGGCACAGCCAGACUCUCCCCAGACCCUGGGCUCCUGGAGGCACCGGGUGGAGAGAGUCCCUGGGUCAAAGAGAGGGGACAGAACAUGAAACCCUGGAAAUUUGGAAGGCGACCCGCCGUGCCCACACCCUGCCCCGCAGUUCCCGAGGCCCCUCUCGUAGAGAAGGCAUCUUUGUCAUUGAUGCCACGUGCGUGGUGAUAAAGUCCCAGUAUGUUCCGACCCUUCGGACCCAGCAGGUGCAGCUCUUGCCCUCUGGGGAGCCAUGCAUUGGGAACGACAGCCCCAGGCAACCCAAGCCCUGCCACGAGGAGGGUGAGGGGGUCGCUGCCAAUCCCUCAGUUUGCCAAAAGCUACUGUUGAGCAGUGGCAUCUCAAACCAGCCGGGCGGGGGUCGCGAGUGCGAAGCCGAGGGAGGAGAGCGGGGGGAUUCUUCACUGGAGGACCGCGCCUCCUGCAGUUUAGGGCUUCCUGUUUGUGAAGUGAACCUACGAGACGCCCCCACGCAGCCAGGUAGCCCUGAGCACCCGACCUUAGGCCCAGCGGCUCCAGGAUGCGCAGGCAGCGUGAAGGGCUCAGAAGCAGUUGGGGUCCUGCGGCGCACGGGCGGGGGCUGGGCGCGGACUCCAGGACCCUACGCCGGGGCAUUGCGGGAAGCCGUGUCCCGCAUCCGCCGCCACACCGCCCCAGAUUCGGACUCAGAUGAAGCUGAGGAGCUCAGCGUCCAUAGUGGCUCCUCUGAUGGAAGCGACACAGACGCCCCAGGCGCCUCCUGGCGGAAUGAGAGGACCCUGCCUGCGGUUGGAAACUCCCAUCCCAGGGAAGGCGGGAAGAGAGCCGAAGUGAGCGACAGCAUCCGGGAGAUUCUAGAUGUCAUCAGUCAAACCGAGGAAGGCCCCUUCGGGGAGGACACCAGGAAAACGCCACAGGGGAAAAGAGAGAGAGAGUGA